UUACAUCACGCUCCGAUUGUGCAUCCCAUUGCAGUCAAAGCCGAACCAGUCGCGUACCCGAAGUACAAAUUCGAAUACGGGGUGAAGGACAGCCAUACGGGGGACAUCAAGGAGCAGACCGAGGAAAGGGACGGGCACGUGGUGAAAGGGGAGUACUCCUUGGUGGAGCCGGAUGGUACCGUCAGGAAGGUGCAGUACGAAGACGAUGGGCACAGCGGGUUCAAUGCGAUCGUUACCAGAUCGGGACAUGCUGUACAUCCGCCUACGCCGGUGAAAAUCGCCUUGCCCAUUCACCAU